AUGGGAGGCUUCUUGUCUCAUCUGAAACCUGAACAGAAUUCAGAAGUUCUGCCAGCAACGUGUGGUCCUGUUCGAGGGAACAUUUAUAAGCAUAAGAAUGACGUCAUCGUGGACGGUUUUCUUGGAAUACCGUAUGCCAAACCUCCAGUAGACGAGCUUCGUUUCAAGAAGCCAAUUCCAGCUGACACAUGGAAAGAGGCUAGAAAUUGUUAUGAGUACGGACCGGCUUGUGUUCAGACUGGAGGCUUUGAAGGGAUAGCUGGUCCAAGACAAAAAACUCCAGAAGAAGCGGGUUGUCUCACUCUGAAUGUAUUUACUCCGCGUGGUCAGUCAGCUGAAUUUAAAUCGGGUCGUCCUGUGAUGGUUUUCAUUCAUGGAGGAGGUUAUGAAUUGUGUGGUUCGUGUGAUUACUGCGACUACUCACUUUCUGGAACACUCCCGCUAAAAGAUGUUAUUGUUGUCACUGUCAACUACCGCCUAGGAGUAUUUGGGUUCCUCACGACUGACGAUGAUUCAUGUCGAGGAAAUAUGGGUCUUUGGGAUCAAACUCUAGCUCUCCGAUGGGUUCAGAAACAUAUUUCUUCGUUCGGAGGAGAUCCUUAUUGCGUGACAGUCUUUGGACAGAGUGCAGGUGCAUCGAGCACUGAUUUACUGUCAUUGAGUCCACAUUCAAGGGAUCUCUUCAGAAGAUUCAUUCCGAUUUCUGGAUCUGCUCAUAGUGAUUUUGCAUUGAGAACUUCUGAAAAUCAAGCAAAGAUCUUCAGAGAGUUUGCAGAAUUUCAUGGAUUCACGGGAGGGGACUCAAAAGUUCUAUUCAAUUGGUAUCAGACACAACCAGCUGAAACUUUGAGUAAUGUUAAAAACUUCAAGAAGUCAAUUUCUGGAUUUUUGACAUUUAUUCCCAACUUUGAUGGAGAUUUCUUCCCGAAACCACUCGACGAAUUGAGAAAAGAGGCACCAAAAAAACAAAUGAUGACUGGAGUUACCGAGUACGAAGGUCUUAUGAUGGCUAUGAUCAAUCCCACGCUUUCACCAGCUGACAAUGGAAUUAAACUUCUAGCAAAAGAAUCAUACGGGAAGGAUGUAGUGAGUAAUCCAGACGAAACUCAACGAAUGUUUUAUGAGAACUACACGAAGGAAGUGGACGCAUCUGAUGAGUUCGCUAUGAAGAAGAAGUUGAUUGAAGCAUUUGGGGAUGAAUAUUUCAAUUUCGGAGUUCUGCAAGCAGCGAAAUCGGCGGCAAAGUAUGGGAAUGAUGUGUACCUGUACACUUUCAAUUAUACAAACCCAGAUGGAUUUGGAAUGUGGAAUGAUAUGCUCCCAUUCAAAGCUGCUCUUCACGGCACAGAACUCCGUUAUAUUCUCGGAGAAGGCGCAUAUUCGAAGUUCGAUCCCAAUGAGGAAGACUUGAAAGUUCUCGAAAAAAUGACAACACUUUUCUCUAAUUUUGCUAAAUAUGGGUAUGCUUCUAAAAAAAACAAGAGAACCAAUUCUACUUCAGAAAUCCAAACGGAAAAAAUUCAAAUGGAUGGGAGAAAUAUAGUCUGGACAAUCCUGAACGACAUUAUCACAUCGCUUAUCCAUCCAGUGAAAUGA